AUGUCUGGUCAACAUCCGAUGUCGUCAGUGAUAUUGCCGUCGCUGGGGUUAGCGAAAACUCCGGUUUGGGGGUUCGGCGACAAUAUAAACCCGACUCAAGACCCGACUCAAGACCCGACUCAAGACCCGACUCAAGACCCAAGACCCAAGACCCAAGACCCUAGAACCAAGACCCAAGACCCAAGAACCAAGACCCACGACCCAAGACCAAAAACCCAAGACCCAAGACCCAAGACCCUAGACCUGAGGCCCAAAUCCAAGACCCAAGACCCGAGACCCAAGAACAAAGACCCAACUCAAGACCCAAGACCCAAGACUCAAGACCCAAAACCCAAGACCCAGGACCCAAAACCCAAGACCCAAGACCCAAGACUCAAGACCCAAGACCAAAGACCGAAGACCCAAGACCCAAGACUUAAGAUCCAAGACCUAAGAUCCAAGAUCCAAGACUCACGACCCAACACCCAAGACUCAAGAUUCAAGACCCAAUACCCAAGACCCUAG